AUGGUUCGCGGGACAGCUUCUUUGUAUGUACUCCUCGGCGGCACAUUGGCAUCGCUUGCCGGGGCUGUAUCGCCUCUCCCGCUGGUCAUCUGGCACGGACUAGGCGAUACCUUCGACAAUCCGGGUUUACAAUCCGUCGCUGAUCUUUACACCUCCAUAUACCCCGGCGCGGCCACACACAUCAUCCAUCUCGCCGACGAUGCCGGUGGUGACCGUAAGGCCAGUUAUUUCGGAUCCCUUCACGACCAAAUGGGCCAAGUCUGCGACCAACUAGCCUCUAAUCCAAAUCUUACAACCCCACUUGCACCCUACGGAUUCCAUGCUCUCGGGUUCUCCCAGGGAGGAUUAUUCAUGCGCGGAUACGUCGAAGCGUGUAAUUUACCAAAGGUACAUACGCUGGUUACGUUCGGUAGCCCUCAUAAUGGGAUCAGCGAGUUUGUGAAGUGUAAACCUACGGAUUGGUUGUGUCGAACGGCAUUCGGAUGGUUGAAUGCGAAUAAGUGGAGUGAUUGGGUACAAUCUCAUGUUGUUCCUGCACAGUAUUAUCGACAUCCCAGUCCUGAUGAGAUGGACAGGUAUUUGGAGGCUUCGGGGUUCUUGGCAGAUAUCAAUAAUGAAAGGGAUACUAAGAAUGAGAAGUAUAAGUCUAACCUAGGCGGGUUAGAAGGAGGCUUGGUGUUGUAUAAAUUCGAUGAGGAUCAGGUUAUUAUUCCAAAGGAGAGCGUAUGGUUUGCUGAAGUGGUGGAGGAUGGUGAGAUAACGUGGCUGACGGAUAGGACUUUGUAUAAGGAGGAUUGGAUUGGAUUGAAACAGUUGGAUGCAGCGGGAAAGCUGAAGUUUUUGAAGACAGGAGGGCAACAUAUGCAUAUUACGGAUGAGUUAUUGAAAGAGGUAUACACAAAGUAUUUGUGGCAACCUGAGGGGGUUGAGGCACGAGAGAUCGAUGGGGAAAAGUUUAAUGAGGGACUACUGACUUUGGCUGAACCUCAUCAUGAUGAUGGGGAGAGGAAGUAUGGUGCAGACACUCAAGAGCCCCUACUAAGAGUACAGAAUUAG